AUUCCUUUCUGUACUGCCAAACUGAAACAAAAAAAUUCCAUUACAAAAACUUUUUUUACCUAUAAUGAGUGUACUCCAAACAAAAAAUUUUGAUCAGAAUGUCUUCACUUAGACAUGUAAUGUACCAGAGACUGCAUGUCUGGAUACAAUUCCAAGGUCUCUUCAUGGUGGGAGGAAAUCACACAUCUUCAAGGUUGCCGUUACCGAUGAUAAGAAUGAAGUCGACGAAAGUUCUAACCAGGAAUCAGCCGAUGAGUGUGUCAGAUCUAAACUUGGCAUUUCGUGAUUUAAUGGCGGGCAAUUGGUUAGUUCAAGGUGACAAAGCUUUGUCAAUUGGAAGAGGUUCGUUAAGAACAGUUAAAGUGAUGAGAAAGCUAGGAUUUGUUGAUGCAAUUGGAGUGGCUCGUAAACCAUGUUCGUCGUAUGUUCGAAGAGGAAAUAUUUAUGCAUUACCGUUUAAUGAGAAUUCAUUCGAUUUCGUGUUUUCGACAGCUUUUAUCAGCGGCGCAAGAGUUCCAGCAAGAAUAGUGCUAGAAAUGGCAAGGGUUUUGAAACAAGGUAGUGUUGGUGUUCUUUUAACAAGGUUACCAGGUCCAACUCCAGCUACAACUGCCUUGGUGAAAGCAGUGGAUCCAUUGGCUUCGUAUUUGAAAUUCUCGGAUAUAGUCCAUGUUAGGAGGCUUAAUUCUACUGUCAUUAUAGUUUUCAAGAAAAGGUUUACCUGUAAUGAAGAUGAUGAAGAUCAAUAAGAAUUAGGGUUUACCAGGAAAUAUUUAGAUCAUUGAAGCCAGAUUCUACUGUUUGUAAUGUAAAAAAUGAAUGUAGAGAAAAUUACUCAAUUACGUAAAUACCGUUUGGUCAUUGUGGAUCUUCUAGUGUUAUUGGGGAAGAAAAAGGAUAUAAAUGGAAGUUUAACAUUCAUUGGCGGUAAAAGCAGUUAUUUAGCUUGUCGGUUCCUUAUAUCCGAACAAUGCCACAAUACCCAAGUUAGAUUAAAACGACAACAGUGCCGGCCAUGUCAGAGCAGACAGAUCGAGAUGAGCAUAAAACCAAAACAGCUAAAUCAAUAGAUAAAUAAAUUGUAAAAAAUACAAUAUCACAACAUGUAUGAAUGUGUGUAAUUUCAGUUCUGGAGUCUAGGAGAUUUGAAUAAAUAAACACUCCUUACAAA